AUGAGCGACACGUUGUAUGUCGUGUGGAAUGCCGUGGCAGGUGCGCGGCGCGCGGCGCACAUGCUGGAGGCGUAUGUGAUGCCGCGCAUCCGAGCGUGGAAAGAGGACAAAGCUCCGUCCGUCCGCGUGGUCGUGCAUGAAACGGAGGCGGAUGCCGGCGCUGUGCGCCUGGGCCGGGCCAUAGCGGCGCAUGGGCGUGCAUGUACGUGCGUGGUGCUGGGCGGUGACGGCACCGUGCACGAGCUGCUGGAAGGGCUCUUUUCAGAUGCACAGCCACGUACGAUCUCGAUCGUUCUGGUGCCUAUGGGCACGGGCAAUGCGCUGUACCAUACUUUGAUGGGGCCGGACACGGCGCCGGAUCCUGCGUGGCGACUCGGCUCGCUGGAGGCGUUCACAAAGGCACAAGCGACGAAGCCCCUCACACUGAUGCAGGCGGAUCCAGGGCACCGCCUGGCGUGUGUGGUGGUAUCACACGCCCUGCACGCCGCGAUUCUGCGUGAUUCCGAGGCGCUGCGCGCACGGUAUCCUGGGCCGGAGCGUUUCCAAAUAGCCGCGGAGCAGCAUCUCACAUCCUGGGUCCGUGCCACGCUCACGCUCCUGCCGGACGAGCGGCAUCCAGUGUCCGUGUACGAUCCGCGAAGCCGCACCUUUUCGCGGCCUGCAGCGUAUGAGCACAGCUCAGAUGGGCGCGUGCACUUAUCCGGUCCGUUCCUCUACAUGAAUGCGAUGACAGUGGACAGACUGGAGCCGUCGUUCGUGCCCGCUCCCUUUGCGAGUCCGACGGCGCCAGCGCCGCUCCGACGACCGGCCAGCGCCAUGGACGUGAUUGUGAUACGUCCCACGCGGCAGCCGAGCGCAUCGAGUCCGGACGCCUUUGCGCGAGACGUGCUGAUGCCAGUCCUGUUCCAAGGCAUGUACCAACAAGGCAAGCAUGUGGACAUGCAGUAUGAAGAGCAGCGUCCGAUCGUGGAAUACUUUCGUGCGAGUGGGUAUAUGUGGGAGCCUGCGCGCGACGAUGCACUCGCCCGGACGAUGUGUGUGGACGGCACCAUCAUCGACGGCGGCGAGCGCGCUGUCGUGCGCACAACAGCCCACGACGUUCAUGCGUAUUGCGCCUGA